CUUCUACAUAAACGAACAGUUUACAUGUGUCGAGUUAGUGGAGCGAUAAAUACUAUGCAUUUUUCAUUUCGGAAAAAUCAGCCAAAUUUAUUUUAGAUUCUCUACUUAAUAAACACCCCAUUGAUUAUCGUAAUGCGUGUGUUGUGUGCUAUAUAUCCAACAUGAUUGUUGUAAUGCAAUGUUGAAAAACGAGAUCCAUAUUACUUUUGUAGUGCCAAUGUAUGUCAAUACUUCACAUCAUCAUUCAGCACUGUUGAAACGAAAUCAGCAUCAGCAUUGAUACGAACCAACAAUUGAUUGUGAACCAGCGUGUGAUUGACUCGAUAACAUACUAGCACGACUAUAUUUUAGUGAUUAAAAAUUCACACAGAGAUCUAACUCCCGAUUAUACUCGAGUGAAAACUUGUGUGUAGAAAAAACGUCUCAUGAUUUUUCCCAUGUAAUGCUCAAAGGAUGUUUUCCUUUGUUUACUUCUCAAAGGGAAUUAUCUGUAUUGAAAAAAUAUAUUUAAUUAUGUUUGCCAUAUCAAGUGACUGUAAGAUUAGGUAGAAAUAUUUGUAGAAUAAAGUUUAGUCGUUCUCGGAGAAAUGGAUGCUGAUCCAGCUUUACGUUCAUCAGGGGACCACAAACCUCCAUCCGCAUCUGUUUCGUCAUCAAAACAUGCCACUGAGGCGGAUAAGCGAAUACCCGAAGUAAAAACUGAUUUAAUAGUCGGGCCAAAAGCAGAUUCAAAGUCUCGAGCAAGCGAUACCAAAAAAAGAAGCAAAAACAAAAGUUUCAUUGUUGGGUUAUUACGGAAACCGUCUGAACCAGAAGCCACUGCUAAAAAGAAAAAUAAUAAAAAUAAAAAACGGAGUUCACGGUUUUUUAGUCGAAGGAGACACUCGCUUUCGGAUGUAUGGCAAGCCACACUUAAAUCUACAACUGCCAUGAGUCAAGCAGCAGCUCCAAUCAACGGGCAAAAUGCCGCUGGCAUCGGACUGGACCCAGGAACCGGGCCACCCAAAGGGCCUGGUGAGACAGGGAUUGCCAACACAACAAUACCUGUUGCUCCUAAGAAACCAGUGCGACGAGCAGGCGUGAAACCUCAACCUGACCGACCAGUAAGAGCGCUGUUCUGUUUGACACUUAAAAACCCGCUCCGAAAACUGUGUAUUGAUAUAGUGGAAUGGAAGCCAUUCGAAUACUUGAUCUUGUUAACAAUUUUCGCAAAUUGUGUUGCCUUAGCUGUUUAUACUCCUUUCCCGAAUAGUGAUUCAAAUACCACGAAUGCUGCGUUGGAAAAGAUUGAAUAUAUUUUUUUAGUAAUUUUUACAGCCGAAUGUGUAAUGAAAUUAAUUGCAUACGGGUUUAUAAUGCAUCCAGGGUCAUAUCUGAGAAAUGGAUGGAAUAUUCUCGAUUUCACUAUCGUCGUCAUUGGAAUGAUUUCCACUGCAUUAUCUAAUUUGAUGAAAGAGGGAUUUGAUGUCAAAGCUCUUCGAGCGUUUCGAGUACUGAGACCUCUGCGAUUAGUGUCAGGAGUGCCAAGCUUACAAGUCGUACUUAAUUCAAUUCUCCGUGCCAUGGUGCCUUUACUACACAUCGCCCUUUUGGUACUGUUCGUAAUUAUCAUCUAUGCCAUCAUAGGACUUGAACUGUUCUCCGGAAAACUCCAUAAGACUUGUUUUCAUAACGUCACAGGUGAAAAAGAGGUGUUCUCUCAAGAGUAUGUUCUAAUUCUUUUCUUGUUUCUAGAUGAAAUUAUGGAUGAUCCUCACCCAUGUGGAGAUGAUGGAUUCCAAUGCGCCAGUAUAUCCGAAGAUAUGGUGUGCCGCUACUACUGGGCGGGUCCGAAUUUUGGCAUAACCAAUUUUGACAAUUUCGGACUUUCUAUGCUGACUGUAUUCCAAUGUGUAACAUUAGAAGGCUGGACUGAUAUGCUCUAUUACAUUCAAGAUGCUAUGGGCAGCACAUGGCAAUGGGUGUACUUUAUAUCUAUGGUUAUAUUAGGUGCUUUUUUUGUUAUGAACCUUAUUCUUGGUGUCUUGAGCGGUGAGUUUUCGAAGGAGAGAACAAAAGCAAAAAAUCGUGGUGAUUUUCAAAAGCUGCGUGAGAAACAACAAAUCGAGGAAGACUUGAGGGGGUAUCUAGAUUGGAUUACGCAAGCAGAAGACAUAGAUCCAGAAAAUGAAGCAAACGUUGUACAAGAGGGAAAAACGAUGACAGCGAACGAAAUAGAUUCUUCCGAUCAUAUGGGAGAAGAAGGGGAAAUUCAACAGGAAUCUUGGCUGGCAAGAAAACGAAAAAAUAUAGAUCGCGUUAAUCGUCGGUUACGAAGAGCCUGUCGCAAAGCAGUCAAAUCACAGGCAUUCUAUUGGCUUAUCAUUGUUCUAGUAUUUUUGAAUACCGGAGUUCUAGCAACGGAGCAUUACCAGCAGCCACCAUGGUUAGAUGACUUUCAAGAAUAUACAAACAUGUUCUUCGUGGCACUGUUCACAAUGGAAAUGUUGCUAAAAAUGUACAGCUUGGGAUUUCAAGGGUAUUUCGUGUCACUGUUCAAUCGAUUCGAUUGUUUCGUAGUCAUAGGAAGUAUUGGGGAGAUGGUGUUGACCAGUACACAAAUCAUGCCACCACUGGGAGUCUCCGUGCUCCGUUGUGUUCGACUUUUACGAGUGUUCAAGGUUACAAAAUACUGGCAAUCUUUAUCGAAUUUAGUGGCGUCCCUUCUCAAUUCGAUUCAAUCCAUUGCUUCACUCUUACUGUUGCUUUUUCUUUUCAUCGUCAUUUUUGCCCUAUUGGGAAUGCAAGUUUUUGGAGGAAAGUUUAAUUUCAAUAGUGAGACCGAUAAGCCACGAUCAAAUUUUGAUAGCUUUGUUCAAAGUCUGCUAACUGUAUUUCAGAUUCUUACGGGUGAAGAUUGGAAUGCAGUAAUGUAUGAUGGUAUACAGGCGUAUGGAGGUGUAGCAUCAAUUGGAAUAUUAGCUAGCAUUUAUUUUAUAAUUCUUUUUAUAUGCGGUAACUAUAUUCUGUUGAACGUCUUCUUGGCUAUCGCUGUGGAUAAUCUUGCCGAUGCAGACUCUUUGACGACGGUCGAAAAAGAAGAAGGUGAAGGAGAAGAAGGGGCCGAUGUAGAAAAAUCCGGUUCACAUGAAGGAACCCCAUUGGGUAUCACAGACGAUGGAUUCAUGGAGCACGACAAAAACAAUUUGGAUUCGGAAAACGAAAUGAAUAUAUCUGAGGAUUAUGAACACAAUGGUUCAGAAACCAAAAUGACGUUGCCAGACGACGAUGAGGGUUAUGAAGAUCAAGAUCAAGAUUAUCAAGAUAAAGAAUAUAAUCUUGCACGACCACGACGUAUGUCCGAGUUAAAUGUAGCUAAUAAAAUCAUACCAAUUCCUCCAGGGUCAUCGUUUUUUAUUAUGUCUCAAACAAACAGGUUUCGAGUGUUUUGUCACUGGCUAUGCAAUCACAGCACAUUUGGCAAUAUAAUUCUAGUUUGCAUUAUGUUUUCAUCUGCUAUGUUGGCAGCAGAAGAUCCGUUGAACGCAAAUUCUGAGCGUAAUCAAAUUCUGAACUAUUUUGAUUAUUUUUUCACUACGGUUUUUACCAUCGAACUUCUACUAAAAGUAAUUUCUUAUGGAUUCCUGUUCCAUGAUGGUGCAUUUUGUCGAUCGGCGUUCAAUCUUCUAGAUUUACUAGUUGUAUGCGUCUCGCUGAUAUCAAUGUUUUUCAGUUCUGGUGCUAUAUCAGUGAUCAAAAUUCUUCGUGUACUAAGAGUUUUGAGGCCCCUACGUGCCAUUAACCGUGCGAAAGGUUUGAAGCAUGUAGUUCAAUGUGUUAUUGUAGCAGUUAAAACAAUCGGAAAUAUUGUUCUAGUAACUUGCCUACUACAGUUUAUGUUUGCGGUUAUAGGAGUUCAAUUAUACAAGGGGAAAUUUUUCUCUUGCUCAGAUGGAUCGAAAAUGCAGGAAUCGGAAUGCCAUGGAACUUACUUGGUAUUCGAAGGUGGUAAUGUAGAUAAACCAGUAUCGAAAGAACGGGAAUGGUCGAGAAAUAGGUUUCAUUUCGAUGAUGUUUCUAAAGCUAUGCUUACUUUAUUUACUGUUUCUACGUUUGAAGGAUGGCCAGGGCUAUUAUAUGUUUCGAUUGAUUCUCACGAAGAGGAUUCAGGACCAAUUCAUAACUUUAGACCAAUCGUCGCGGCUUAUUAUAUCAUAUACAUUAUCAUCAUUGCAUUCUUCAUGGUCAAUAUCUUCGUUGGUUUCGUUAUUGUUACAUUCCAAAAUGAAGGAGAGCAAGAGUAUAAAAACUGUGACCUGGAUAAAAACCAGCGAAAUUGCAUAGAGUUCGCAUUGAAAGCUAAACCGAUACGACGAUAUAUUCCAAAACACAGAAUCCAGUAUAAAGUGUGGUGGUUUGUUACAUCGCAACCAUUUGAGUACAUGAUUUUCAUACUUAUUAUGAUAAAUACAAUUACUCUAUCAAUGAAAUUCUACCGCCAGCCAGAAAUAUACACCGAAGUUUUGGAUUUGCUCAACUUAAUUUUCACUGCAGUUUUCGCUUUGGAAUUUGUUUUCAAACUGGCAGCAUUUAGAUUUAAGAACUAUUUCGGCGAUGCGUGGAACGUAUUCGACUUUAUAAUUGUACUGGGUAGUUUCAUUGACAUUGUUUACUCAGAAGUGAACGUCAGCAAAGGCAUGAAGGGCGGAUCCAGCAUAAUAUCGAUCAACUUCUUUCGUCUGUUUCGUGUGAUGCGAUUAGUGAAACUUUUGGCCCGUGGUGAAGGCAUUAGGACACUCUUGUGGACAUUUAUAAAAUCUUUCCAAGCACUUCCUUACGUCGCUCUGUUGAUUGUGAUGCUCUUCUUCAUCUAUGCAGUAAUUGGAAUGCAGGUAUUCGGAAAGAUUGCAAUGGAUGACGAGACAUCUAUCCAUCGAAACAAUAAUUUCCAAACCUUCCCGCAAGCAGUAUUGGUACUAUUCCGAUCAGCCACAGGCGAAGCAUGGCAAGAUAUCAUGCUGGACUGUUCAUCUCGACCUGGAGAAGUAAUGUGUGAUCCACGAUCAGAUGACGCCAAUUCGCCGGAGGGAUGCGGAUCCAGUAUUGCAUUCCCAUAUUUCAUAUCGUUUUAUGUAUUAUGUUCAUUUUUAAUUAUUAAUCUCUUCGUUGCCGUUAUUAUGGAUAACUUUGAUUAUCUUACACGAGAUUGGUCUAUUCUGGGGCCUCAUCAUUUGGACGAAUUUGUUCGGCUAUGGAGUGAGUACGAUCCGGACGCCAAAGGAAGGAUAAAGCACCUAGACGUCGUAACGUUAUUGCGAAAAAUUUCACCCCCACUAGGGUUCGGAAAAUUGUGCCCCCAUAGAGUUGCAUGUAAAAGGCUAGUCUCAAUGAACAUGCCGUUAAAUAGUGAUGGUACGGUGUUAUUUAAUGCAACAUUGUUCGCUGUUGUUAGAACUUCGUUAAAAAUUAAAACUGAAGGAAACAUUGAUGAUGCCAAUGCGGAAUUGAGAGCUACCAUCAAACAAAUAUGGAAACGAACAGCUCCGAAACUACUGGAUCAGGUAGUCCCACCGCCAGGAGUAGAUGAUGAAGUAACGGUGGGCAAAUUCUACGCUACUUUUCUCAUACAAGACUACUUUAGGAGAUUUAAAAAGCGGAAAGAAAAUGACAAUAAGCACGUAGACUACGACAAUAGACGCACAAUGACUUUACAAGCAGGCUUGAGGACACUUCAUGAGGCAGGUCCUGAAUUGAAACGUGCUAUCUCCGGUAAUCUAGAGGAUAUAGGAGACGACAAUCCAGAGCCUAUGCAUAGGAGAAAUCAUACUCUUUUCGGUAAUAUGUGGUCAUCGAUACGAAGGCCAGGCCAGUUCCCGAAAAAAGGAAACAAUGUAGCCCCAAAAACGUCUGCCACAUCUGCAGCAGCGACAGCCGCAAUGCAUGCAGUGUUAUCAGGGGCGGAGGCAUACAAAGCUCCGUAUUGUCAAAUCAACAAUGGUUUCAACCGUAUGGCGAAAAAUGAACCAGCACAUGACAAUAUUCCAUUGCAUCCAUUGCUGUUGGACGGUAGCAACACAGCACAAACUGGACGUGUUUACAACGCAAAUGAACUAUCGAAGGAAAACAAAUUAACAACAAGCACAUCUGUGACAUCUACGAAAUCUACGACGACGGUACUGAACGACGAUGUAGAGUCAAAUUCGUCUUCAUCAAUACGUCGAAGAAAUAGACUAAACUUCAAUAACAUGUUGAUGCUCAUGGUAGAUGAUAAAACAAAAGAAAAAUAUUGUUACGACAGUGUAGAUGAAGGAUCGGAAGGCUCGGUAAUGACUUCUAAAACCUCUUCUACUAAUGAUACGUGUGACGGUUUCAAAAAUAUGUUCAGCGCAAGGAAUAAAAACGAUCUUCAAAAAAUACCACUUUCGUACAUGCGAUCGCCAAAUCAGCAUAAUAUAGGCAAAUAUCAGUUCUUCGUAAGACAAAAUGCCUUCCAAAGUAGUCCACAAAAUUUGAGAAAAAAAAUUACCCCAUCAAAAGUGAGUGGAGAAGCCCAAAUGUCCCCUACAAUAUAUUCUCAAUCGCCUAGACAACAAAUGACUUCAAAAAGUACCGAUACCGAGGAAUCAGCUUUAUUGUGUGAUAGUAAAUCCGAUUCUAUUGUUAUUGGACACUCGUCAUCGUCACAAGAACCAAAUUCAUUAUCACUUGAAUUGACUGAUCCAUCACUGAUAGAAGGGUCUUGUUGGAAGAAACCUUCACAAGCUGAAGAUUGGAGUAUCAGACCAAAUAGAAAAAAUCAACGAUAUUCGCAUUGUGGAAGAGUAACAAAUGGCGGUAACAUUGGCAGAGGGAAAUUCAUACCAGCCAGAGUGAUACACUCUACACCAAGUAGCCCACAGGACAAGAGAACUAAAUCGAUAGAAGUGAUCGGAUCAGCAGAGAGCCUCGUUGGUCGAGUUUUAUUAGAACAAGGAUUAGGCAAAUAUUGUGAUCCAGAAUUUGUGCAUUGUGCUCAAAUGGAAAUGCAAGAAGCGCUUGAGAUGACGCAGGAAGAAAUGGACUUAGCAGCACAUGAACUGAUGCUUCAAGAAAGGUUCAACAGAAACAACAACCAGCCAAAAAAUGUUCAGCCAAAACAGAAACGGAAACAUGACAACCAAAUUUUAUAGCAGAAUGUAGUAAAAGUCAUUACAUAAGUUAAAUUCAACGAUUAUUUACUUUUGUUUUUGCUUGUGUAAUGUUAUCCAUCAAACGACUGUUUGUUUUUAUAGGAAAUGUUAUUUUUGAAAACAAUCCUUUUAACGUGAAUUUACAAUCAGAUUUGAUGUAACAAUCGGUAAAAGAUCGGUUUUAUAUGCCUCUUGUUUUUGUUGCUAUUUAAUUGUACAGAUUUUUAUGAAUAAAAACCCAUCCAGCAAUGAGAAAAAUGCGAAAACGGCAAAGGAUACACCGUUCUACACAUUAUUAUCCUAUUUCCAUAGGAUUUCAUACAUCCAUACGAGAGUUGUGUAGUUUAGCUAAAGAAAUGUCUAAAAUCUAAUUUUCUUUGAUUGAAUCCUUUAAUUUCCGAUAAUUGAAAACCUUAUACAUAACGUGUACAUCCGAUAAAAAAAUAGAUUUGUUAUCAAGGAUAUACAAAUCAUACAUUUGCAAACAUCACAGUACAGUUUCUCAUCAGUUAAUAAACAGCAUUUAUGUUUCAUAAAAAUUAUAUCGAUUGCAAAUUCCGAGGCAUACAAGCAAAAAUAGUAAAAUUUUAUUUCCUUUUGAAAUGCAAAAUGGAUGUUCCGCAAAAUACAUCUCUUGUAAAUAUUGGUAUCUCGUAAAACCCAAUACGUACCUGUUUGGGAUUAUACAUUUUACAUUUUAAAACUUCCACCUUAUUAUGUUCAUAUCAUCAUUUCAGUUAUCAUAACAUAAAAAUGCCUAAGCUAAAGCAUAUACGGCCAACUUGCUGUGUAUUGCAUAGGAACAUUUUAUCAUCAAAAGUUUUGGUGUAAAUAAAAUAUCCCAUUUGUUUUCCAUAAA